CCACGUCCCCAAGCCACGUCGCUCUUUGCUCGCCAUUUUCCCAUUUUCUGAAGCCACAGUCAGUCUAAUCUAGUGUCACGGUGCCAUUCAUCACUGUCAGGUUAUAGAGUAAUCGUUACCGGAGACGAACUGAGCUCUUUAGAGUCUUAAAUCGGUUUACUUCUGCUGGAGCUACCAUAAACAUGAACAUUUUCAGGCUAACCGGCGAUCUCUCCCACCUAGCAGCCAUCAUCAUCCUGCUGCUAAAAAUAUGGAAAACCAGGUCUUGUGCCGGUAUAUCUGGGAAGAGUCAGGUCCUGUUUGCCUUGGUGUUCACCACUCGCUACCUGGACCUACUCACCUCCUUUAUCUCUCUCUACAACACCACCAUGAAGUUAAUUUACAUCGGAUGUGCGUACGCCACUGUGUACCUGAUCUACAUGAAGUUCAAGGCGACUUAUGAUGGGAACCACGACACGUUCAGAGUGGAGUUCCUGGUUGUCCCCGUCGGUGGCCUGGCUUUCUUGGUUAACCAUGACUUCUCUCCCCUGGAGAUUCUGUGGACGUUCUCGAUCUACUUGGAGUCGGUGGCCAUCCUGCCCCAGCUUUUCAUGAUCAGCAAGACCGGUGAGGCUGAGACCAUCACCACGCACUACCUGUUCUUCCUGGGACUCUACAGAGCCCUCUACCUCAUCAACUGGAUAUGGAGGUUCUACUUUGAGGGAUUCUUUGACAUGAUCGCCAUCGUUGCUGGGGUGGUGCAGACCAUCCUCUACUGCGACUUCUUCUAUUUGUAUGUAACAAAAGUACUGAAAGGAAAGAAGCUAAGUCUGCCAGCUUAAGUGCCAAAGAGGAGUGUUUUUGGCAGACUCAUAGAGGGGGAUCAGAGGGGAGGAGGAGUGGUAGUGGACACCUCUGACAACCCCCACCCCACCCUCCACCACCACCACUUCCUCCUCUUCCCCUCCCACCAGUGUAAGAUGCCUGAGACAGAGAGCGAGUGGGAGCGGCUGGCUGCACCUUCUCCUGAUCCAGAAUCAGUGGAAUCAGAACACCUGCAGAGGCUGGUCCAAGGCCUUCGGAUUUCUGUUUGAUGCAUCUUGCCUUAACUUUUUUUAUUACUCUGUAUAAAGGAAGAAAAAAAGCGAGAAGUUUUUUUUACAGAAAAAUGUGUACUCUGACGAUUUGACACAUUGGUGAAUGAGAGCUGAAGAUGUAAAAUUGCCGGCCUUUGGCAUUGUAUGAUAUUUAAGCGGACUUCUUGUGGUGGGAUAUUAUUGACUCAAGCAUUUGUAAUAGUAUUUGCAAUCAAAUUAAAUGUGCAUUAUUUUUCCUGAAUCAAUUUGGGGAGGAAUUUGUUCAGUCCUCAUAACUUUGGUGGUCAAAUUAUUCGUGUUUUGCUUUUCUAUUUUUGACCACUAUGCAUUCCCAUGUACAAAGACUAUUUUAGUUUCCCUUGCCCUUACUGGAAUAUAAAUUCAAUAUAGAUAGCCAUAAUUUAACAUUUCUCUUUUGAAAAAAAAAGAAACUCAUGAGUUAUAUUUGUGUUCAAAUGCCUUCAAAAGUGACCGGUAUAAGUUGCUUCUGUGUGUCAUUUUACUUCUCUGUAUUGAGCAGAAUGCUUAAUAGGAAACAACACAGAAUGAAAGCAAAGGGUUGAGAGGACGCCAUUGAACUCUCAUCACUUUAAAUGGCUUUCUUCAUUUGAAUACCCCAUUCAUUACCCAAUGAGGACAGUAUCGCUUGUAUAAGUAUACAUCAUUGCUCAGCCCAUUUAUUUCAGAUGGCUCCUUUUUAAAUGUUAGAGAUGAGUGAAUUCACUGGUAAUAUGCUGUAUGUGAAUUAUCACAACAGAAACGGAAGUUUUUAAUUUUUCUUUUAGGUGCAGAUAUAUUUAUUUUUUAUCUUCUUCCUGGUUUCCAAUAAACAGUCCGUAGAAUUUUUCACCUGUUGUGCAUAAUUUUAACAGCAGAAUUAAAUCUCCCUGUCAGAGAUGAGCACAAUCGUACGGACGCUGUUACACUGAAUCCUAAAGACAUAUCUGCUUCUAUUUUAGUGUUUAUGCAGAUCAUUCCAAGUUUCCUUUUAAAUUCUUACCAGAGCUUUUGCAUGAUGUUGCCACCACAAAUAAAGACUUUAUGGGAAA